AUGGACGAAGCAAAUACGAGGCCAUAUCACAUGCCGAGUGAUGCCGUUUGGUUUAUCACUGGAUGCUCCUCGGGUAUAGGCCUUGCCCUGGCUCAGCAUAUUGCGGCCACAUCGAGCCGGGUAGUAGCCACGGCCAGGAACCCGUCGUCCCUGUCGGCCAUCCGAGACGGGCCCAAUGUGCUCAAGCUGGCGCUGGACGUGACGUCCAUCCCCUCGAUCCACGCCGCGCUCGACGCCACCGUGGACCGGUUUGGCCGCGUGGAUGUGGUCGUCAACAAUGCCGGGUAUGCCCUGGUGGGGGACGCAGAGGCGGCGGGCGAUGCCGAGUCGCGCGCUCUUGUCGAUACCAAUUUCUGGGGCAUGGUCGAUGUGUCGAAGCGGGCUCUCGGCAUCAUGCGGGAUACAAACCAGAACCCACGCGGCGGUGUCAUUCUCAAUGUCAGCUCCAUGGGUGGUUGGAUGGCGUAUCCCGCCAGCGCUUUUUACCAUGCUAGCAAGUUUGCCAUGGAGGGUUGGACUGAGGCCGUGGCCAAAGAGCUGCCGGUCGAGUGGAAUAUUCACCUCUGCAACAUAGAGCCCGGUGGGUUCAAGACAAAGUUUACAUCUUCGUCUCUCAAAUACAUGGCAGAGCGACAUCCAGCAUACACGGACCCGUCAUUCCCCAAUAAUACCGUGAUUGCAUACAUGGAAGACCCAAAGAGCCGGGAGGAUUGGGCCGAACCGGAAGCUGCCGCUGCAGCCAUGUACAAGCUGGUCAGUCGCGGGCAGCGAAUCCCGAUCCGGGUCCCGCUCGGGGCCGACUCGUGGAAUGCUGUCGUGGCUGAUCUGAAAAAGUGCGAAAGGGACCUUGAGGAACUUAGAGAAUUCAGCUCUAAUCUGAAAUAA